ACAACCGCAAUAAUUUCAAUUCCAUCAUUAAGAAAAGAGUCAAGAGAUAUGAACGGAUCAUAUGAGAGAAGGACAAAGGAGUAGAUAAAGCCUGUACCACCUCAGAGGAUCAGACUUUCACCCUGCUCACUCAGACGUUCAGGUCUAGGUCCGAGAUGCUGCUGCCAUUCUGCCUCGCUGUUCUCUGCCUCUGUGGCGUCUCUCCCUCUGCUGCUGCCCCGACACGGGACGCUUCCAGAUCUGCCUCAACUAGGAACAAGGUACUGCUGGUCUCCUUCGAUGGUUUUCGCUGGGACUACGACCAAGAUGUGGACACCCCUAACCUGGAUCAGAUGGUCCUGGAUGGGGUGAAAGCAGAAUACGUGACACCGCCGUUCCUCACCAUCACCAGCCCGGCACACUUCACCCUGCUCACAGGUCGUUACAUUGAGAAUCACGGCGUCAUCCAUAACUUGUGGUUCAACACGACCACUCAGGAGAAGAAGCAGUACUACCAGACCCAGUUUGUUGAUUCCUACUGGGACAAUGGAAGCCUACCCAUCUGGAUAACAGCACAGAGACAGGGUCUGAAAGCAGGCUCUCUGCAUUUUCCUGGCACAGCAGCCACCUACAGAAACGAGACUGUGAAGUUUCGGCAGGUAGAGCCCUUUCUCUACGAUCACUCCAAUGAGACAGACUGGAGGAAGAACAUCGACAAGGUGGUUGGAGAGUGGUUCCACCAACAAGACCUGGACUUUGUCUCCUUGUACUUUGGACAACCAGACUUGGUAGGCCACAGAUAUGGACCUGAUUCUCCAGAGCGCAGAGAGAUGGUCAAACAAGUGGACCGUACCGUGGGCUACUUACGAGAAAAGAUCCAACAACACGGCCUCACAGACAAGCUCAACAUCAUCAUCACCGCCGACCACGGGAUGACCACAGUCCUACGAGGUGGAACGGUCAAUGAGAUCAUGCUCUCUAAGAUCCCCGGCUUCAGCUUCAGAGACAUCGAGUUUCAUCUGGUGGAUUACGGCCCCGCUGGGAUGCUGCUUCCUAAAGAGGGGAAGCUGGAGAAGGUGUACCAGGCUCUGAAGGGGGGACACCCUCACCUUCAUGUGUACAAGAAGGAGGAGAUGCCAGCCAGACUACACUACAGUAACCAUCCUCGACUCCUGCCCAUCAUCCUCUAUGCUGAUCCUGGAUAUGUUAUCAAUGGGUUCUUUUCUUUCCAAACCAACAAAGGAGAGCACGGCUUCGACAACUUGGAGAUGGAUAUGAAGCCGUUCUUCAGGGCUGUGGGUCCUGAUUUCAAGAAAAACCUGCGGUUUGGGAACUUUGAGACAGUUAAUGUGUACCCACUGAUGUGCCAUCUAUUAGGAAUAAAACCUGAGAUCAAUGACGGACAUUUGGACAACACCAAAGGCAUGCUGGUCUCCAGAAUAAACCCAGAGGGAGACGGCAAUGUUGUAGAUACCCGGCACCAGGUGUUUAUCGGCCUCUCAGCAGUGACCGGCUUUCUGGUGUUGGUGUUCAUAGUGACUGUUCUGCAAGCCUGGUGUAAAAGGAGCAGAAAAGAAAACGGCUACGAAACCAAACAAAUGGAUGAUGAAAAGGAAAAGGACACUAAGCAGACCAGCUUUUAA